CAAGUCUCCGUAUAAAUGCACCUGCACUGUGAUAGUCUCAGAGUCUCAAACCUGGUGACCUCCGCCACCUCUCUCCGCUUCAACCCCACCUCCGAGAUCCUGGCCAUCGCCUCCAGGGCUGACGACGAGGCUGCCCGAUUGGUUCAUAUCCCCAGCUUCACAGUGUUCUCCAACUUCCCCAUGUUCCAGAGGAAAACCAUAUACAGAGCCCAGCGCCUGGACUUCUCCCCAAACAGCGGCUUCUUCUCCAUGGCCAACAACAAGGGCCAUGCCCCUCUCUUCAGGUUGUUGCAUUACAAAAACUUUUGAUGAAGAGCAUCCCAAGCAGGCUCGUAAUCAACAUCAAGACACCAAGCUCCCUCAAUACAACUACCAUUGUCUUCAAGAAGAUAUUUUACAAUGAAAAAGACUUGAAUUGAGAUAUCGGUUAUGCUUAUUACAUCUAUGAAAGUGUCACAGCAAGAUACCAUGUCUUCGUUAUCCUGUUUUUUCCCCCCCUUCAAAUUUGAGUAAUUACAUUUUUUUUAAGUGUUCUGUUUUCAAAAUGCACAUCCUGUAUAUUUAUUUCUGUCUACUUUAGGGUUUUACAAAUUGUUUGUCUAAUGGAUCAAAUAAAACUUAAUUUCCUUGA